UGGGCAGAUCGCGGUGGAGACAUCAGGUGCUGGGCCCCCAUAUCCCGGGCACAGCCGCCUGCUGACCCUCUCUGCCGCCCCGGGCCAAGUAGGCGAGCGCGGCCGUGCGCCCCGGGCGCAGUGCCCUGCACGUCUGCAGCGGGCGCUGGUGCGUCCUCCCAGCCGGCUUCCCUGAGCUGCCAAGCCGCCGCCCCACGGAUCAGUUGAGCAGCGAGUGGCCGGGAGCAGCGAGCUUCGGUCGGGAUCUGCCCCUGCCGGGCCAUGAAGGUGGAGUUCGCACCCCUCAACAUCCCGCUGGCCAGGAGGCUGCAGACGGCCGCCGUGCUGCAAUGGGUCCUGUCCUUCCUUCUGCUCGCACAGGUGUGUGUUGGAAUCCUCGUGAUCCUGAUUAUACAAAAUUACUGGUUCCUUUACAUCCCUUACUUGACAUGGCUUUACUUUGAUUGGAAUACCCCAGAGCAAGGAGGUAGAAGGUCUAAUUGGGUCAGAAGCUGGACCAUUUGGAGGUACUUUAAGGAGUAUUUUCCAAUUCAUCUCAUCAAAACUCGGGAUUUGGAUCCCAGUCACAACUACAUAUUUGGAUUUCACCCUCAUGGAGUGCUCGUGGCUGGAGCCUUUGGAAAUUUUUGUACAAAUUAUUCAGCCUUCCAGGAACUGUUUCCUGGCUUCACCGCGUAUCUGCAUGUGCUGCCAUUUUGGUUCCGGUGCCCUCUCUUCCGGGAAUACUUGAUGAGCAGUGGGCCAGUCUCAGUUUCCAAGAAAAGUGUAUGUCACGUACUGAACAAGGAAGAAGGUGGAAACAUUUCAGUCAUAGUUCUCGGAGGGGCAGAAGAAUCAUUAGAUGCCCAUCCUGGAAAAUUUACUCUGUUCAUCCGCCAACGAAAAGGAUUUAUUAAAAUUGCUUUGACCCAUGGUGCCUAUUUGGUCCCAGUGUUUUCUUUUGGGGAAAAUGAGCUGUUCAAACAAGUGAGCAACCCUGAAGGCUCUUGGCUUCGGACUGUGCAGGAGAAACUUCAGAAAAUCAUGGGGUUUGCUUUGCCUCUGUUUCAUGCUAGAGGAAUUUUUCAGUACAAUUUUGGCCUAAUGCCCUAUCGGAAACCUAUCCACACUGUUGUGGGCCGUCCAAUCCCUGUCCAGCAGACUCAGGAUCCCAGUCCUGAGCAGGUCGAGGAGCUACAUCAGACCUAUCUGGAGGAGCUAAGCAAGUUGUUUGAGGAACACAAAGGGAAUUACGGUAUUCCUGAGCAUGAAACUCUCAUUUUUAAAUAAUAAUACUUGAAGAAGAGAAAACUGAAACCGAAGAUACAAGAAUCAUUUUAAAGAAGCGUGUCUUUUUUUUUCUCUUUGACAAUGGACUCAUAUUUGCGACUGAAAAAAAGUUAUGCAUGGCGACAGAUAUUAUUCAUCUGUGAAUAAUGAAUGGUUUUCUAGAGGAUAAGGUUAGAGGUAAAGCUUUAUAUAAUUUGGUUCUCAUUUAGGUGGGUGAAAUCAUUUUAUAGGUUAAGAAAAGGCUUAAAGAUUAGAGAGAUAAUUCAGGAGUUAUGGUGCUUGUCUUGCCUGUGGCCAACUUGGGUUUAAUAUCCGGCAUUGUAUAUGAUUUUACUUAGCAGGGUCAGGAGUAAUUUCUGAGCAUAGAGCCAGGAAAAAGCCCUAAGUACCAUCGGGUAUGACUUCCAAACUGUACAGAAACAACAAAAAAAGCUUUGUGCUUUAAAAAUGACAGAUUCAAAAAUUAAUUAGAAGGAAGGGAGAUAGAUCACAUUCCAAGCAUGUGUGAAACCCUGAAUGUGAUACCAUGCUCUGCAUUUCUCCACCCCCAGCCCACCAGCUGAGACCCUGGUGGCUUCUAAAAAAAAAAAAAAAAAGAAAGAAAAAAUUUGUGUACUAAAUAUAAUAGUAAUCUAAGGUACUGUUUACACCAAGUAUAACAGCUGUUGUUUAGCACCACUAGAACAUUUAAGAGAUGGUAUAUAAAAUAAUUGGCCUUAUAGAGUUAGAAGAACAUUUUUUUUUUGCUUGAAUAAGCAUGUGCUAGUGAAUAAUGUUGCUUUUAAGAUGUAGAGGAUUUGAUCCUUUAGGUACUAUCAAUCAGUGCAUCUCUAACACAGAUAGCAUAGAAUAUGUUAUAUUGUUUUGAAAUAAGAUGAAUCCACCAUAUGGAAACCAAUGUGGUUGAGCUGAUGUCUGAUUUCUUUUUAGAAAGGCAUCUCUGCUACUUAAUUAGAAGUAUAUUAGCCUAGAAAAUCUUUUGGAGAUUCGAUUUUGCACUUUUUUUUUUUUUCAAAUUUGAAAGUCCAAAAGGUUUUUAAGGUGAUAGAAAUGGUCUUAGGUGCCGGAGAGAUAGCACAGUGGUAGGGCGUUUGCCUUGCAAGCGGCCAAACCAGGACCGACAUUGAUUCAAAUCCCGGCAUGCCAUAUGGUCCCUCAUGCCUGCCAGGAGCUAUUUCUGAACAAAGAGCCAGG